UAAGAAACAACGCUACCCAAGUUGUUGGUAGUUGACAGCGCUUGAACUUGAUAACGACUUAAGUCUGUGCGAUUAGUCCUCAGCUGAGAGGAUCAGGAUGAAGACAUUGAUGUGUUUAUGUUUUUUCAUCAGUUUAACCCACGCUAAUAACGUAAGGAAGGUAGCCAUGCCGACAGAAUUGAGGAAUGUUAUGGCCGACGUAACUUCCUUGGACUCUUUCCUGCGAGCUAUGAAUGCUGAAAAGUUGAGAGCCGUCAUAAAUGCAAUAGGGGUCCCUAGCGGAGGCACUAAAGGUCUGCGACAUAAGCCCAAGGGUUCUGGUGAUCUUCAUUCACCUAAGAAACCUGAGAUUCCGAGCCAACUGGCAAGAGUUCUCCAGGAUUCUAAUCUUCCCUAUGUCAUUUUGGAUGAUGCCCGUUGUGCUCCGCGUCCUGAGGUUAUAGAAGUACCUCAGCCUAAAUAUGAAAAUGCUUUCUAUUUUCCUUUCUUUGUGACCUUACACCGUUGUGGCGGCUCCUGCGGCGCCAGGCCGUUUGAAACAAGUUGCCAACUGCAAGAAAAAGAAGACUUCAACCUUCUUGUGAGCAAGACUUCUUGGUCUUCAUCAUCAGACAGACUGGACGAGACCUCAAAUGAAAUUACCCCAGUCCGCAUGACGAAUCACUCGAGUUGUUCGUGUCAAUGUAAAGUUAAACCUUCUGAUUGUGAUAAUCGAACCCAACGCUACUCUAAAGAAAACUGCAGGUGCGAUUGCGUAAGGGGUUUUAUGCCUUGUCCACGCAACCACCGCUGGGAUCCCAUAAAAUGCCAGUGCAUAUGUAGUCCAAGUAAUGCAGUUAGAGCCGAGUGCACAAAACGUGUCGAGUUUGAUAUGGAAUCGUGCCGGUGCACGUGCAGUAAGAAACGUUGCAAAAAUCGUGCAAAGGUGCGUGAUCCUAAGACCUGUAGGUGCAAGUGUCCCAGGUGCCCGUUCGGGUUGAAGGAGGAUCCACAGUCAUGUGCCUGUACACGAGCUUAUAGAAGACGUCGACAACACUAAACCGAGUUGAGAAAGUCACGGGAAGACUUAAAGCAAAGUGCGAUACGACACAAACGAGAACGAGGAGAAAAAAUAGCAGAACAAUGGCUCGGGCAAGCUGCCUUCACUUGUUGCUAGAGAGGAGAUCUGACGUCAUUAGAGAUCUUUAAUUCAAUGAGCUAACCUUGAAACUAUUUAAGGGACGUAAACUUAUUCUUUUGAUCAACGCCCUCUCGACGUCGCUGUCGUCAAUGCUUUAAAUCCCUAUAAGUUUUUUAUCGUGACUCUUCAUAAACAUUUUGUAUCAUGAGUGGAAACGAAAAAAGAGGGAAAUCAGAUCUAUUCCACUCAGUCCUACCACGGCCAUUUUAUAAUCAACAGCCACAGGAUCAUAAUUUACCCUCAGUAACUGGAAACUGAAUGACGGUGACCGUUUGAUACCGAACACUGAACGGCUUUGAGUAAUUUUCAGGCAAAUUGCAUGAUCUUACUUUGAUUUCUUAUUGGUUCGUUGUGAUAUUUUCCUUAAUUUUGAUUUGCUGUCGUGAUUACGACAUCUAAAUUAGAUUAAGACGCUCUCUAAAUCUUCUAUGACCUUUUAUUAUUGUAUCUUAUAUAUUUAUAGGAAUAUAUUUGUAGUUAUCAUAUGUAAUUAGUAGUUUUUAUUGUAGGACAGCAUUGUUAGUUAACAUUAGAACCUCUUUGCUGAAUGGGCUACCCUGAAUAAAUAAAGUUUAUCAUCUUAAAUCACAUCAUAUCACGUCAAUCAAAGUUCACUCUAUAAUGAAUCGCUACUGACUAACGUUGAAAAAUGCAAUUUUGUAAGUACGUCUUUGUUUUAUAUGGAUGUAGACCUCUUAAUUAUAGUUAUUCGACCAGUAAUGCUUGUAUAACCUUGAAAAUAUCAAUCAGAGUCAAAAUAUCUAAGAUAAAGUAGAUAAGCAAAUCAAGUUAUCAAAGGGAGAAUAUGAGUGGAGAUAAACUGAGGUUAAAGAUACAUAUGAGACUGACUAUACUGUGCAACUCUGAAAACCGCGAUCAUCAAAAUAUUUGUUGAAUGUUAUUGUGUUCCAGGGAAACAUUAAGUAUAAACUAAACGGUUCAGUGGUUUGUGGUUUGAAGUUUUCUCACGUGUUCUUAUCUUUGUUGCGAUGUGCCAGAACAAUUUUUAACCUGCUGAAAUGAAAUCAAAGUGUUUACAGUU